AUGUCUGACAAAGAAAUGAGCUUUGAAGAAACGAGUCCUAUCUUGAAUUCAAAUAAUAAAGGUAAAGGUAAAGAAAUUACUGACAGAUCAACAAGACACAAUAAAGAACAUUUACCAUGGGUAGAAAAAUAUCGUCCAUAUACUUUAUCCGACCUUAUAUCAUUGGAUUAUAUUACUUUAACGCUUGAUAAAUUCAUCAGUGACAGACAAUUCCCUCAUUUAUUAUUUUAUGGUCCUCCUGGUACUGGAAAAACUUCAACAAUAUUAGCUUGCGCCAGAAAAUUAUUUGGUAAAGACUGGGAUGCCAGUGUUAUGGAAUUAAACGCGUCUGAUGAAAGAGGUAUAGAUAUGGUUCGUGAAGAUAUCAAAGGAUUUGCUUCGACACGUAAAUUAUUUAGCGCUGGUAACGAAUUUAAAUUAGUCAUCUUGGAUGAAGCUGAUGGUCUGACGAACAUAGCACAAAACGCGCUGAGAAGAAUUGUGGAAGAUUACGCGAAGAAUGUUCGUUUCUGUUUCAUUUGUAACAAUGUUCAACGAUUAAAUCCAGCAUUACAAUCGAGAUGUACUCGAUUCAGAUUUAGGCCAUUGAAUCCGGAUCAAAUUAAAUCACGUAUUGAAGAAAUUGUAAAAGUCGAAAAUGUAAACAUCUCUCAAGAUGGGAUCCAAGCAUUGUUGAAAUUGUGUGGCGGUGAUAUGCGAAGAGCGUUAAAUGUUCUUCAGUCGUGUUCUUCACGUGAUGUCAUUGAUGAAACUGUGAUUUAUAAUUGCACGGGAUACCCUCAUCCAAAAGAUAUUGAAAUUAUAAUGAAUUCUCUGUCAAAUGAUGAUUUCAGCACAUCAUAUUCAAAGGUUAAAAGAAUGAUGGAAGUAUUAAGCAUGUCUUUGAAUGAUAUUAUAACAGAAGUGGUAAAUUACUUUAAGAUGCAUGAUUUCCCGUUUAAUAAUGAAGUAUUGGCUUAUUUCUUUAAAAAACAUAAUCUCAAUGGUGGUGGAAAUGAUAUGAUUCAAUUAGCAGCACUCAUAGGAGCUUAUAAAAAUGCAUUGGAAAAGGCAGCCGAACUCAUCGUUUAG